UCAUCUCCAGAGACAAAUCAGAUGUUCACUUGAGCACUACGAAUUUUCUGUGAAACUUGUGGACCCCAGACAAGUAUCCGAUAGUUGCGUAUGAAAGGUCCUAUUUGUAGUUUCUUUUUCGUUAUCCUAAAUUGCGAAAUCCUCCAUUUCCCAUUAGUUCAGGAUAAAAUGUGUGCUUGACAGUGCUUAAAGAGUUGUGAAGUCGUUGAAGAAGUGAAAGUGAACAUUUUGUGAUUAAUUCCACGAGAGUGAAGAUUCUGUUCCACCCUCAUCCUGGGGAAGAAAAAUUUAAACUUGUACCACCACGACCUUGUUCCCAUUUUCACACAAUCGUGUAUCACCUCAUUAUAAACUUAUAUAUCCCAUUGUUUCAGCAUCCUCCAACAUAACCCGAGACGUUUGCCUUUUUCCACUCUCUUCCAUCUCAAGCCAUCAUCCCCCUCUGUAGGUUCCCACUUUUACAUUCUUUGGGGUGGUGCUCCCAAAGAAAGAAGCCGAGGGGUGGAGUGGGUGGUCGUUGGUGGUUUAUUUACUUGAGAAAUAUCCAGAUUAAACGAACUGCGAAAGAGAGGCACGAAAAAAAAUCCAUAUAGAUGCUCAUAAAGACGCAUAGUUUGAGGCAGUUUAUCUGCUCACCACUCAGCUGUGUCAAUUCAGAUUGACUCCCAUAGAAGGGGAGCAGACCCCCCAAAAGAGGGCAAACAUAAGCAUCUCUCAGAAGUAUCGGUGCUGGAGCAGACUAGAGGACAAAAAUGAUCCGAUACAUUCUAUUGCUGCUCCUAUUCACAAAAAUCAGUUCGGCUUUCAGAGAAAUGGCUGCCAGUCGCUUGGAAAAUGUCACGCAGACCAUUUCACGCCUCCUGGAGGGCUAUGAUAUCCGACUGAGACCAAAUUUUGGCGGAGAACCACUAUUUGUGGGCAUGGAUCUCACAAUUGCCAGUUUCGAUGCCAUUUCAGAAGUUAACAUGGAUUACACCAUAACGAUGUAUUUGAAUCAAUACUGGCGCGACGAGAGAUUGGCGUUCAAUGCAUUCGCUCCACUGGAUGACCGGGACAGCAAUGGGGUCAAUGAUGCCCUAACGCUGUCCGGUGACUUUGCCGAGAAGAUCUGGGUGCCGGACACAUUUUUUGCAAAUGACAAAAACAGUUUCCUCCAUGAUGUAACUGAGAGGAAUAAGCUAGUGAGAUUGGCAGGGGAUGGGGCUGUGACGUACGGCAUGAGAUUUACUACAACGUUGGCUUGCAUGAUGGAUCUGCAUUACUAUCCUCUGGAUUCACAAAACUGCACCGUUGAAAUUGAAAGUUAUGGAUACACAGUGAUGGAUGUUGUGAUGUACUGGAAACCAACUCCGGUGCGUGGGGUGGAGGAGGCUGAAUUGCCUCAAUUCACCAUAAUUGGGUACGAGACGAAUGACCGCAAAGAGGAACUGGCCACAGGAACCUACCAAAGGCUGUCAUUGUCCUUCAAGCUCCAGCGCAAUAUUGGCUAUUUCGUCUUUCAGACCUAUUUGCCCAGUAUCCUCAUUGUCAUGCUAUCCUGGGUAUCAUUCUGGAUCAAUCAUGAGGCCACGAGUGCUCGGGUUGCCCUGGGUAUCACCACAGUUCUCACCAUGACCACAAUUAGUACAGGAGUGAGGAGUUCACUGCCACGCAUUUCCUACGUAAAGGCAAUCGACAUUUACCUUGUGAUGUGCUUCGUGUUCGUCUUUGCCGCCCUCCUUGAGUACGCCGCCGUCAAUUACACGUAUUGGGGUGCCAGAGCCAAGAAAAAGAGCAAAAAGAACAAGGAAGCAGAACAGAAAGUUACAGGAAAAUCAGCAAAGGUUGAAACCACCUCAUGCUCCACGGAGGACAUCAUCGAGCUGCAGGACGUUAGGAUGAGUCCGAUUGCCUCGUUGCGCAAUCGACACAAUGCCAGUUUGGGCUGGGCCGUUGGAUCAGAUUCCGUAGACAUUGCCAAGUUCCCACCUAGCUUCCGAAUCGCCCGAACCUACGGAUCCAGCAGAUCUGGCCUCAGAUAUCGAGGCAAUCGAGGAACAGCUCAGAACCGUCCCAAAAUGCUCCAUGCCAUCCGUCGGGGUGCUUCUGUGCUGAAAGUCACCCUGCCCAAAAUCAAAGAUGUCAACAUCAUCGAUAAGUAUUCAAGGGUGGUGUUCCCAGUGAGUUUUCUGGCCUUCAAUGCAGGCUACUGGAUAUUCUACGUAUUGGAAUGAUAAUAGGGAUGGUGUGAAUAGUAAAACUACGGACAACCGUUCAGGAACUGGGUCAAAGAGGCACAUUAGAGUUUAUUGGAAAAGGAAUCAAAUAGAGAAAAAAAAAGUUUUGAGCGUUA